UUUUCCUCCGCCAAUGAGGAAGUAGAGAGUCUUCCGAGUAGUCAGACUACAAGUCCCAUGAUUCCACCGCGCCGAGGCCUAGCCAGGGCGUCGGAGGCGACGCUGAGGGGGAGAAACGCGGCCUAGAGUUUUCCUCUUCUCCUCCUCCUUCCUGUUGGCUUUCUCCCCGCUUCCCCGUCCGAGUUUCCGGGAACCCCUCGGAGAUGAGGCCAGGAUGUCCUCCUCGGUGUCAGGGCUGAAGGCCGAGCUGAAACUGCUGGAGUCCAUCUUCGGGAAGGAGCACGAGCGCUUCCGCGUCCUCUCCUGGCGCCUCGACGAGCUCCACUGCCAGUUCCUCCUCCUGCCUUCGCCGCAGCAGCCCCUCGCCAUCCACUGCAACAUCACGGAAUCUUAUCCUUCCUCGUCACCAAUAUGGUUUGUGGAAUCAGAUGACCCCAACUUGACUUCAGUAUUGGAGCGCUUAGAGGAUAUUAAGAAGAGCAAUACUCUGCUUCUCCAACAGUUGAAGCGAUUGAUAUGUGACCUCUGCAGAUUAUACAAUCUUCCUCAGCAUCCUGAUGUUGAAAUGCUAGAUCAGCCAUUGCCGACUGGCCAGAAUGGGACAACUGAAGAGGUUACAUCGGAAGAAGAGGAAGAGGAAGAUAUGGGUGAAGACAUUGAUCUGGAUCAUUACGAAAUGAAGGAGGAAGAACCAGUCUAUGGAAAGAAAUCUGAGGACGAUGGCAUUGAAAAAGAGAAUCUGGCCAUUCUGGAAAAGAUCCGGAAAAAUCAAAGGCAGGACCACUUAAAUGGCGCAGUUUCUGGCUCUGUCCAGGCUUCAGAUCGACUUAUGAAAGAACUCAGGGAUAUAUAUAGGUCGCAGAGUUACAAAACAGGGAUUUACUCAGUGGAACUCGUAAACGACAGUUUGUAUGAAUGGCAUGUAAAACUUCUAAAGGUUGAUCCUGACAGCCCGUUACAUAGCGAUCUCCAAGUCUUAAAAGAAAAAGAAGGCAUAGAAUAUAUUUUGCUCAACUUCUCUUUUAAGGAUAAUUUUCCCUUUGAUCCUCCAUUUGUAAGAGUUGUAUCUCCUGUGCUUACUGGAGGGUAUGUUCUGGGUGGAGGUGCAUUAUGCAUGGAACUUCUUACUAAACAGGGUUGGAGUAGCGCCUACUCCACAGAAUCGGUCAUAAUGCAGAUCAAUGCCACGUUGGUCAAAGGAAAAGCCAGAGUCCAGUUUGGAGCAAAUAAGAACCAGUAUAACCUAGCAAGAGCACAGCAGUCCUAUAAAUCUCUAGUACAGUUACAUGAAAAGAAUGGCUGGUUCACGCCUCCAAAAGAAGAUGGUUAAUACUGUGGACUUCUUAUAUACUUGGACCAAUGUCAAUUUAUAAACAAAAUCCUUCCAACACAGACUCAAGCUAUGAAUGCCCCCAUAACAGCCAUAAUGAAGACUCUAGUUAAUAGACAAUUAAUGGAUAAACUGUGGUCUGACACGUCCAGGAUACAUUACAGCCGUACAGUUCUGCUCCUCUGCCAGACGUUGUGGACCGAACCAUUUAAGAAGACUUUGCCGUAUUCUCCUUUUGGGGUUCAACGCGACGGCGAUGCCUUCGAAACCAGGCUCCCGGUUUAUCAAAGCAUCAGUGAAUAGGAACUUUCCUCUGCCAACUUUUGUAUGCACUUAACUUUUGUUUUUCCUCCACGCUGCGGAGAAGGGCAAUACCUUUUAUUUAAAGCCGACCGAGUUAAAUAAAGUUAGGUUGAUAAUACAGAGGUGUUUUUUUUUCCAGGUCUUGUUCAAUGGGUGUGUUACUAUUAUUAUUUUCCUGGCUGAAAAUUGAAAGCGUUUGUAACAUUGCCAAAUGUAACGACGAUCUAUAGGAGAAGUGUAAUGUCCAAUCAUUAAACUCUUUUUUUCUUCCCUCCAUGGCUGUGUUCAGGAUAUGAACUGUUUCUGGACAGAAGUCCUCUUCAGUCACCUCACCGCUCGAAGGAGAGCCGGGCAUUGCCGAUUGAACUGUGGGUUAUCCGCUCGGAUAUCGGCGUUUGCCAUUCUUGGCUCUCCUUCACCAGAAGGAGCCCUUGGUCUCAAAGCUUGAAGAUAUUUAAAAAUACUCAGCAUUCGAAUCUGUUAACGGGUUGUUGCAAUCGUUUGUGGACUUAAUGGACUGUAAAUUGGCGCAAUUGGCAGAAAAAAAGUCACCCAGACGCUCCUUUACUAUGGGAAUUGCACAGUUUUAAAGAAAUGCAACGAUAGGAAGUCCCAGGUAACUCUCAAUUCAGCGUUGUUUUAAAAUAAAAUGUUGCCAUAGUCAUGACCAUGGUUUUUGUUGGAGGGGAAAAAAACUAGUGUGGAAUUUUUUCUUCCUUUUUUUUAAAGAAUCUGGCUCUGUUACUACUGUGGGUCGGUAAUUGUUAUAUCAUUGCCUUACCUUUAAAAGAAUCAGGUGUGGUUUUUAAAUUUUGGUGGUUGAAUUUGUGUAGAGUUUUGUGUUCAUGGGUCAAAAGAAGAGUCUACAUCAGGCAUGGGCAAACUUUGGCCUUCUGGGUGUUUUGGACUUCAACUCCCACCAUUCCUAACAGCCUCAGGCCCCUUCCUUUUGCCCCCCAGCCGCUUAAGCGGCUGGGGGGCAAAAGGAAAGGGCCUGAGGCUGUUAGGAAUGGUGGGAGUUGAAGUCCAAAACACCCGGAGGGCCGAUGUUUGCCCAUGCCUGGUCUACACACUUUUAGUAUGCCGAAGUUUGCCUGUGCCUGGUCUACACACUUAUAAUAUUUCUGACACCCCUUCUCUUUUUGAUUAUGAAUAUCCCCAGUUUAAAUCAUACAUACAUAUAUUAACACGAUUUGCUGUUAAAUUCACGGGAUGUGUAUUUUUCCAAUUCUGAUUAACAUCAAACUCUGCUUUAUUGGUCUUAACAAUGCUGUCUUGUCCUAACCGAAAACGAUACUUUUUUCUUUUGACCAUACCCAACAAAGCAAAGUCUUCUCCAGGUUUGCUCAUCAAGAAAUAAUACAUUGGCAUAACUUUCCAAAAAUUGUCAGAUAUUUAAAAUUAGGUUUCCUGCCAAACAUUUUAUGUGUUUAUUACUUAUUUAAAGGGGACAGAGCGAGCCGAAACAUAUCUGGACUUUGACCAAACGAAAGUGUGUAGACCAGGCAUAUGAUAAUAUUUGGCCUAGAGGAAGACUUUGUUUUGUGCAGUCUUUUAGGGGUGAGACGUAGACGACAUUCCCCCAUUUCUCACUUAUUUGGUUGUACAUACGAUUCUUAUAAAAACCCUGCUAUAGCAGCCUUAAGUCAGAAGCCAAAUCCUGCGUUUCUACAGCUGAGGCGAAAACUCUUGAGGACUUUAUGGGAUUCUUGAAUAUCCUAAUGACUAAGCAGAACCACAGGUGCACACUCGGCUUGCGUUUUUUUUCUUCUUCUCCUAUCGAGUUUCAUUUUCAUUGCAGAAUUAUUUAGCAGUGUACGGUAAAUCUGUAAACUUGCAUCAAGUUUAUGAAUAAAGAAUUAAGAAUUC